GCUCGAGCACAUCAUCAGCUGCGGUGUGUCGGAGAGCGAGAAACUUCGCUCGCGGCCCCUUCUCGCUUUUUCCUUACAGGAUUCCCUCCGAAUUCCUCCCCCCCCCCCCCAGUCGCUUCUUCCCUCCGGAGCAAGCAGGGCCUUUAUCAACGACGCGGGUUGGUCCUCGUUUUGUGCGUGUGUGUCCUCUCUCUGAGCCGCCCCAGGAGGGCUUCCUGCGCCGGCUUCCCUCUCGGCGCCGAACACGAAGCCCACGAGGCCCGACCCGGAGGGGCAGAGCAGCCCCCCGAAGACGGAGAACGCCGAGAGAAUGGAGUCUCCGGAUAAGAAGGACACGGAUUGGAGAUUGGCCACGCCCACAAAGUCCGACGUCAUGCCUCGAUCGCCCGGUUUACCUGCGUCCCCGGUCCUCAGGUCGAAAAGUGGCAAAGACAGCAUUAAAGCAGAGGAGAGGCAGAAGCUCGCCAAGGAGCGGAGAGAGGAAAAGGCCAAAUAUCUUGAAGAGCUCAGCUUGUUGCAAGCUGCCAAAAAGAGCCAGUGGCUGGAGAAGGAGGAGAAGGCCCGGCAGCUGAGGGAACAGCAGCUGGAGGAGCGCCGCAGGAAGCUGGAGGGACAGCGGGUCAAGGCGGAGAAACGGCGAGCCACCCUGGAGGAGAGACAGAAGCAGAAGCUGGAGAAGAACAAAGAACGCUACGAGGCGGCCAUCCACAGGUCAACCAAGAAAACGUGGGCCGAGAUCCGCCAGCAGCGGUGGUCCUGGGCGGGGGCCCUGAGCCAGAACUCAAGCCGGAAGGAAGGCAGAUGCUCUGUGUCUACGGUCAACCUGCCCAAACACGUGGACUCUGUUAUAAGCAAGCGACUGUCCAAGUCGUCCGCUACGCUCUGGAACUCCCCCAGCAGAAGCCGCAGCCCUGCGCUGAGUGCGUGGGAGAGCAGCAUAGUCGACCGGCUGAUGACGCCGACGCUGUCUUUCCUCGCCAGGAGCCGCAGCGCCGCCAGCGUCCUCCCCAAUGGCAAAGACGGCCACUCCCCUCUCUGUCCCCGGUCGGCCUCGGCCAGCCCGCUCACUAUUUGCGCACACCAGCCCCCCCACCAACACCAUCAACACCACCACCGCUGCUCCGAGCGCUGGAGGGUGACGUCCAGCACGCCCGACAUCACGCAGCGGCCCCGCAGACGGAGCUCCACGCCGCUGGAUAAAAACAAGAAAGAAAAGAAAGACAAGGAACGGGAGAACGAAAAGGAGAAGAAUGCCAUCAGUAAAGAGGUGUUUAAGAAGAGGCAGUCUCUACCCAGUAUGAGGCAAAGACCUGAUCUGAGCCCCAGUCCUUUAUCGAGACAACGGCCGUCGUCCCCGGCCGCGCCGAGGGGCAGAACCGCCUCCCCCAGCCCCGCCGCCUCACCCAAGCCUCCAUCCGCCCGUGGAAGCCCAUCAUCAACCCCUAAAGGACGACCAAAAAGAGCCGGGACCCCUGCAAAGAUGGACCAGCGCACCUCCUCCCCCAUCUCCCUCGAAAGGGAGAGAGAACACCGCCGGCCCGCGACGCCCGAACAAAGAAAGACAGCUUCACCGCGGCCCUCCAGCGCGACGGCCGCAGCCUCCUCCCCCUCGCCGGAGCCGGCCCGCUCCUCUCCCUCCGUCCCGGCGCCAUCGCCUACGCCUUCUCCCUCGGCCAAGCCCACGGCCGGCACAAACAACCAGGAGGAGGCGGCUCGCAUCCUGGCGGAGAAGCGGCGAGAGGCGCGAGUGCAGCGGGAGAAGGACGAGCAGGAGCGGCGCCAACAGGAGGAGAAGGAGAGGAUCCUGAGAGAUGAGCGGAUAGCCAGGGAGGCAGAGGAGCGGCGGCUCAGGGAGGAGGAGGCGCGCUCCAUGGCCGAGGAGCAGAGGCGGAGGGACGAGGCCCAGCGCCUGCAGGACGAGCGGGAGGCCGAGGAGAGGGCCAGGGCCGAGCAGGAGGAGAACGUGCGCCUGCAGAAGCAGAAGGAAGAAGCUGAGGCUAAAGCCCGGGAGGAGGCGGAGAAGCAACGUCUGGAGAGGGAGAAGCACUUCCUCAAGGAGGAGCAGGAGAGGCUGGAGAGAAAAAAGCGUCUGGACGAGAUCAUGAAGAGGACCCGCAAGACGGACGCCGGCGACAAGAAAGAGACUAAGUCCUCUCUCAUAAACGUUAGUGAGAAAGAGGCAGAGAGCAGCAAAGUAUCUGCUGAUUAUCAGCCAAAGCCGGAGGUCAACCAGCAGGAGAAUGGACAGACGAGCGUCAGAGGAAGCGGCCCCCCGGCGCCGGCCGUCAACGGGAUCCGGAACGGCCCGCCCGCCGCCGAAGACGCGCUCUCCCGCUUCGGAGGCGCCGCCCGCCUCGCCGCCAACGGAGCUCGGGGCCGCUGUGAGGGCGGCGCGGCCACGGAGCCCAUCCUGGCGUUCCAAAGCGAGGAGACCUUCAUGAAACAGGGCCCCAUGAAGCCUCAUCACGUCGCAGAGGUCCUGUGACCUGUGCUCUCCCCCCCCCCCCCACCCGAGCCUUUGUGUGCUGCGCCGAAAGCCCCCAGAAAAACAAACUGUAGUCCCUGCGAGGACGAAGCGGAGACACAGAAGACGAAGACCCUCGGACUCGAGAGCAAAUGACGACAUGGGUGAAAAGUUGGUGCAUCAGUGUUAACAUGUUUGUGGCAUAGAUUCCAUGCACCUUAAUACUCGAUAGUGUCAUCCUGUGCGCAUUACAGCUGAGUCAUUGUUAGCGUCAGCUGGAAGUGGUUUUUUUUCUUUUGUUCUUUAGUUAUUUAACUGAAAGAUGAAUAUAAAAGGCUGGGUACAUUUUGUGAAUAAUGUAAAUUACCUUGUGUGAUGGACGAAGGAGCUCUGUGUCUGUUUAAGUCACUCUGCUCCGAGUAAAGACAGGUAUCCUACAUCCUGGUUUGUAUAAAGCUACCUGUAUUCGUUUCUUUCUUUUCUUUUUUUUAAAGUUAUAUUGAGAAAUCUGGCUUAAUGUGUGUGUGCACAUUUCAGCUCUGAUGGAUUGCACGCAGAACUGGGCGUGACGGCGAGAGUGCAACCUCACAAAUGAGACACCACGGGUCAUUUUUAAGGCUGAUCACACACUCGUGUGUGUACGCUGUGCAUUGUGUGUAUUGUUUUGAUGUGCUGUUAACGUCAGUGGGAGCACCUCAAGUCUUAUUAAAGGCCAGCUGUCCAGUC